AUGAAAGUUAAAUUUUAAUACUCUAAAAUUCUUGAAGCCUUAAAUAGAAACCUAAUCAAACCUAAAAAACAAGUGGAAAUUAGACUUGAUAGAUUGUCCAUGGAUCCUCAUCGUUAUUGGAUAGCAGUUGCGAAAGGAAUGGAAAGACCUUUUUCAGGAGAAUUUUGGAAUCAUGAUCAAUAAGGGGUUUACGAGUGUUUUCAUUGCAAUAAUACAUUGUUUUAAAGCGAUCACAAAUAUUAAGCUUAAACAGGUUAUGCGUCAUUUUUCUAGCAUCACAAAAAUAGUGUGAAAACCAUUGAAACUAAAGCAAAAUAUAGGUAUUCAGCUCUCCAAUGCAUGAAUUGUUAAUCCUAUAUUGGAUAAAUUUCAUAGGACGGACCACCUCCAACAUUCUUAAGAUAUUCAAUUAAUUCAGGUGCUUUGAGAUUUUAUCAACCAAAAAAAAAUUAAACAAAUCUAAAUUAAUCAUAAAAAUGA